CAGUUGGAGACAAAGCCUUGGACAGGGCUGGUUUGGGGGUCGGGCCGGUAUGUGUGAGAGGGUCAUGGGGUUAUUUUGGGAGGAUCUAGCAGCAUCCUGCAGAGUGACAUGACACGUGUGGUGGAUAUAAAACACACACACACACAAACACACAAACCCUCUCACCCCCUGUGGCCCCCUGACAGCCAACACAGCAUUCCACUGUUAGCAGACGGAAACUAGUUCCUCUCUCUCUCUCUCUCUCUCUCUCUCUCUCUCUCUCUCUCUCUCUCUCUCUCUCUCUCUCUCUCUCUCUAUCUCUCAGUCUCUCAUUCCUUCUCUCUACCAUCUUCCCUCUCAACCCCCCUCUCUCUGGGUUGAGUGGGCUGGGUCACAGAGGAAGUAUGUCAGACCAGUGAGACAGCACAUACACAAAGCAGUCGGAAGAACCAGAGAGACAUACACUCUGUGUGCAGUGUGAUUUAGUGUGUGUGUGUUACUGAGUAGUGAUGGUAGCAGAGGAGGUGGUGGUCAUUCUCUCAGGAGGGGCUCCAUGGGGCUUCAGACUGCAAGGAGGAGUAGAGCAUCAAACACCACUACAGGUGUCCAAGGUACGACUUGUGUGCGUGAUAGAGUGGGGUAGGUGGAACAACAGGUUGUGUGUCUGUUACGGUGGGGUGUGGGGACAGGUUGGUAUGUGUAUGUGUGGAAAAGAGUGGCGUACAGGGGCAGAUCAUGGAGUAAAAGUUGCAGGAGAGGGCUAGGGAACAGCUGUUGUAUAUAAAUGGUGGUCUCAGGCCGUUAGAGUUAUGCCCUCUCCAUGUUGUGUGCUGCCUGCCUGGUCAUUACUGGUACGAUAACAGAACCCUCUGGCACAAAAUGACUGCCGUGGCAUCAGCCAGGUGGGUGCUACACAUUGGUAGAAGCCGGCAAGUUACCCCUUCUCCCCAUGUAAUGUAAAGCACGUUGAGCAGCUGGACAAGUUCUGUAAUGCAUUAUUAUUAUCAUUACUUAGUUGUGGCUGAGUAACCCUUCCUCAAAUCCAGAGUUCAGUUUGGUUGUCAUGGUGAUCGGGUUUUAGGGUCUGUGGGUCAUGGGCUGACCCUAAUGGACACAUGAUCUAUGACCUUUCUUGGUGUUUAAGUGUGUUUCAUCUCUAUGUAUUCAUGUGUGUGUGUGUGUGUUUGAGAUGGUGUGUGAUAGGAACUAUUAUGUUGUGUCUGUCAGUGUAGUAUGCCAGUAAGACACGAUAAGACCACUAAGAGAACAGGAAUUGAGGGCAUGCUCUCUAAGUGGACACACAGAAACACACACACAUGAUACGUUGGUGUUGACAGGGCAGAAUGCAUUUAAUCUAAUCAGAAAUUAUAUAGUGGAAAGCUGGGCUGUGACCUCACUCUGCAAGGAUACUGGGUUCUAUUUAAUUCUAUUCUAUUCUAUGAACCAGGGGUGGCCAACCCUCCUCAUGGAGGGAUACAGGGAAUGCAGGCUUUUGCUCCAUCACAACUUUCAGCUAAACAAGGUCCUGAUGAGCAGCUAAUCAGUAACUGUUCUAUUACCAUUACCAGUCAAGGUCACCUCUAGUUUUAUCUGUAGUUGUGUGUGUGUGUAUGUGUGUGUGUGAGACAGGCCUUUUUUUCCAUGGCCUGCUCCAGCUCCUCUUAAAUGAGCUAUUCUGAUCCUGCGGACCUCUCUACUCCCAGCUGGGCUUAUCUGAGGCAUGUAUGCCCUCCACAUACUCACACACACACUGUCUGGUGUUGUUGACCAGUAGAUGUGAAAGGCGGCGAGUAACGUAAAUGCUAAUGUUAACCAGACUAAUUUGGCAUUAUGGGUCAAUAUCAAUCACCAUAUAAAGUGUGUAAAAGGCUACAUCCCUGGUUAGCUGCUCUGUGGGUCCGUCUAGGAAUGUGGCUGGUUCUACUGCUGGGGUUUAUUUUGGGGUGUAUGGGGAACACAUGGUGAAUGUGAGGCAUGCCCUCUGACCAGGGCCUGCAAUGUGUGGAUGGAAGGGGGGAGGGGGGGUGCAGCUGUCUAAUACCCCCUCUCUCACUGUGUUUUCCCACAGUGGCUGGGCGUGUGUGUGUGUGUCAAUGGGGUGGGGGUGUCUUAUUGGAUGUUCUGUGUAGUACCAGAUUCUGUGUGAAGAAACUGCACUCGACAGGUGAUCUACAUUUGUAGAACAAGCCGUGCUUGUGUGUGGUUGGUUUGAGAGUCUUAUCUUUUAGAUGUUCGGCUGUUUAGCAUGACAUGUCUCUGCUAUCUGUCAUCUGUCACCUGCUCUUUCUUUCUUUCUCUCCCUCUCUUUCUUACCCUCCUUCUCUCUUUCUCUCUCCCCCUGUAUCUCUCUUAACCGGCUCUCUCUAUCCUCCCCAUUUCUCUCCACCUCUCUUCCCCUUUCUCUCCCCCUCUCUUCACCCCUUCUCUUUAUCCUCCCCCUCACUCUCUCUCUCUUUCUCUCUCUCUCUAUGUCUACAGAGCUCUGCUUCCACCCCCCCAGCCCCUUUCAGUUAUAGAUAGGUUUAUGACAUCAUUGCCUAAAUUGUACCACCCUUCAGCCCCCCCCCCCCCAUAUCCCAAAGCGAUGAUGACCUCAUACCCCAUAACCUCAUAACUGAGUUGUUCAGCCUCUAGUGGUGGAGGGGCUCUAUGACCCCCCCCCCCUCCCCCUGUGAUUCCAUGCUGCUGGAUUGAGGCUGUGUAUGUUGUGUGUCGCAGGUGCGACGGCGUAGUAAGGCAUGCAGGGCUGGCCUGAGGGAGGAGGAUGAGUUGGUUGCCAUCGGCGACCAUGUGUGUGCCGAGCUCAGCCACGCUCAGGCCAUGACCCUCAUCGACUCCCACUGGCACACACUCAACCUCAGGAUCAAGAGGUCAGAGCACACACACGGACGCACGCACACACACACGCAUACAAACAAAUACACACAUACACUAGACCGAUACAAGUAUAGAAUAAGCAAAGCAGAUGCAUACAUACACACACAGCCUGACUAUCUCUCCCCCUUUCUUUCUGUCUCCAGGUCUAGGUCUGGGGUCCACUCUGUGGUUCUGUCAGGUCGUACACCUACACACACAGCCACACACACAUACACACCCACACACCCCGUUCUCUCCCCCACUGACGGGCCGGCCUGCCUCACCAUCACCUCCCCCCCUGACAGUGAGGCCUACUAUGGAGAGACGGACAGUGACGCGGACACACACACACACACACACCGCCGUCAGCGACGCACACCUCCGCAUGCACGCUCUCCAGGUCGCCAGCAGGAGGAGGAGGAGACCUCGGAGAUGAGCGGGUACGAGACAAUAAUCAUCCCCAACCUUGCUUCCUGGUUUGUACUAUGACAUCUUGACCUGUCAAUCCCUCUCUCUCUCUUCCUCCAGGUAUGAGAGCGCUCCAGAUGGAGGGGUUUCCCUGCAGGGGCCCUGGGAGCAACUACCCACAUUGGGCAGCGGGGUGAUCCAACAGUGGGAGCAACCAACAGGAUUGGGAACAGGGGGGUUUCAACCUGGAGUACCACGCAGGGAGGUGGUCUUCCAACCCCAACCCCCCCAGGCCCAGCCAGAGUGGACCCACCCAGCCCAGCCCGUCCCACACCCUGAGCAGGGCGAGCCGGUAGGGGGAAGAGAGGCGGAGGGAGAGGGAGACAGUGGGUUCCAGGAGGCAGGGGUGUGUGUGGGUCUGGCCUGCUCACCCCUGGUGUCUCCAGAGCGGGCUAAAGGAGCCAUGAUGCUGGGCUCCAGCCGACAGAUGGUUCCCAUGGUGGGUGCCCAGCUGACCCCACUCAGUGAUGAUCUAGCUACUACGUACAAGGACAAGGCCAGGCAAGCCAGUGAGUACACUAUACCAGAUACCCUACACACUAUACAAACUACAGCCUACACAUGAACUCUUCAGCUGCUUUGAACGGUCUCUGCGAAGCCUGUGGAUUGUCUGAGUGUGUGGGAGUAAAGCUGUCUGAGCUGUGAUAGGACUCCCUCUGGUGUUGUUCUGCUGUAAGUUCAGCAUCUCACCUUGUGGUCAGCUAGGAGGGGGGGCAUUAGAGAGAAAGAGAGAGAGAGGAAGGGGGGGAGGAAGAGAGGAAGAGAUAUUUCUAGUUGCUGUCUAUCCUAUGAAUCAAAGGCAUCAUCUCCUAUUUCUGCUCCCUCCCCUGCCUCUAGUUUCUCCAGUCAGUAUUCUAAGCCCUGGUCUCAUCCAGAGUAUUUAUAGUUGGGCAGCAAGCAUUCCCCUCUAGCCUUAAUGGACACACGGACACAACUGACCUCACAUUUUGUGAUCCACACAGCUGAAUAUGCAAUGGGUGAGGGGGCAGCAUACAUUAUCAAUUAUAUAUACCCUAUUUAUUUCAAUCUGUAAAUAAGGUUUCAAGGACACUUUAUCAAAAACAACAUUCUUCCCAUGAUGCUAGACAUACAUUACCGGUCAAAAGUUUUAGAACACCUACACAUUCAAGGGUUUUUCUUUAUUUGUACUAUUUUCUACAUUGCAGAAUAAUAGUGAAGACAUCAAAACUAUGAAAUAACACAUAUGGAAUCAUGUAGUAACCAAAAAAUCAAAAUGUAUUUUAUAUUUGAGAUUCUUCAAAUAGCCACCCUUUGCCUUGGCAUUCUCUCAACCAGCUUCACCUGGAAUGCUUUUCCAACAGUCUUGAAGGAGUUCCCACAUAUGCUGAGCACUUGUUGGCUGCUUUUGCUUCACUCUGCGGUCUGACUCAUACCAAACCAUCUCAGUUGGGUUGAGGUCGAGUGAUUGUGGAGGCCAGGUCAUCUGAUGCAGCACUCCGUCACUCUCCUUCUUGGUCAAAUAGCCCUUACACAGCCUGGAGGUGUGUUGGGUCAUUGUCCUGUUGAAAAACAAAAGAUAGUCCCACUAAGCCCAAACCAGAUUUGAUGGCGUAUCGCUGCAGAAUGCUGUGGUAGACAUUCUGGUUAAGUUUGCCUUGAAUUCUAAAUAAAUCACAGACAGUGUCACCAGCAAAGCACCCCCACACCAUAACACCUCCUCUUCCAUGCUUCAUGGUGGGAAGUACACAUGCAGAGAUCAUCCGUUCACCCACACCGCAUCUCACAAAGCCACGGUGGUUGGAACCAAAAAUCUCAAAUUUUGACUCCAGACCAAAGGACAAAUUUCCACCGGUCUAAUGUCCAUUGCUCGUGUUUCUUGGCCCAAGCAAGUCUCUUCUUCUUAUUGGUGUCCAUUAGUAGUGGUUUCUUUGCAGCAAUUCGACAAUGAAGGCCUGAUUCACACAGUCUCCUCUGAACAGUUGAUGUUGAGAUGUGUCUGUUACUUGAACUCUGUGAAGCAUUUAUUUGGGCUGCAAUUUCUGAGGCUGGUAAUUCUAAUGAACUUAUCCUCUGCAGCAGAGGUAACUCUGGAUCUUCCAUUACUGUGGGGGUCCUCAUGAGAGCCAGUUUCAUUAUAGCGCUUGAUGGUUUUUGCGACUGCACUUGAUGAUUCCAUAUGUGUUAUUUCAUAGUUUUGAUGUCUUCACUAUUAUUUUACAAUGUAGAAAAUAGUAAAAAUAAAGAAAAACCCUUGAAUGGGUAGCUGUUCUAAAACCUCUGACCGGUAGUGUACGUACUGUAUGUCUGACCUGCUUAGAUGACUACAUGAAUCCCUCACGCCUGUCUACCUCACCCUGAACUAAAGCAGCUGGUUGUGACUCAUUGAUUUUGAUCCUGAGCACAGUUUUAGCCUGCUGAGCUAAAGCCUAGGCAUUAGUUUGAGGCACUAAUGCAAGUCCUCAGGUUUCAGGCAAGGUUACAUCUUGGACAGAGACAAUAGUGACAGACUGUUGACUGAUGGGACAAGAGACCUGUCCUUUCUCAUAUGACACACACACACACACACACAUACACACAAACACACACACACACAUACACACACUGGUGGGGAUUGGAGGAAAGGGUUGUGUGUGUUGGGGGGUUGCAUGGCGUGAGGUGUCAACAGUAAAGAAUGACAGCUAAGAGUAAUGAGCAAGUUGUUCUUGACGACCAAGAACAACACACACACACACACCUUUCACAAGGUUGUUGUGUGGACAUUCCUUGGUGUAUGUAAGGUGGGUGAAGGAAGCGGGAGACCCUGAUCGACUGUGUGUGUGUAUGCAUGCGCAUGUGUGUGCCCAGACAGGUGUGCAUAGGAUGUCCCCUGUAGCUCAGUUGGUAGAGCAUGGUGCUUGCAACGCCAGGGUUGUGGGUUCGUUUCCCACGGGGGGCCAGUAUGAAAAUGUAUGCACUCGCUAACUGUAAGUCGCUCUGGAUAAGAGCAUCUGCUAAAUGACUAAAAUGUAAAUGUAAAAUGAUGUUCCCCCAUGAUGAAAGGGGGGAAUGACUGAGCAAGUUUGGGAAGCACUGAUCUAGCUAAUGAUUAGCACAGAUGGGCAACCCCAUGCUUCAGCCUAUUUAUUUAUAGGCUCUAUGCUGCAUCAGUUGGGCUACAUAUGAUAAUGCUUAUUGCUAAAUAACACAGCAGCCUGAUAAUAUAGACCAAUAUGUUGUUAGGCUCAUUUCUAGACAUUCAUUUUGGAGUAGAAAAGUUACCAAAACUGACUUUCUCACAGUCGCUUUACAAACAAAAUGACAUGCCAAGCAUGGUGAAGGGUACACAAAUAAGCAUAAGGGGUUAUGGCAUUUAAAGGGGGAUGGUGGUGACUCUCUGAACUGAUUCUUAUAGUUUUCCCAAUUAUUAGCAAAAAUUCAGAAUUGGGCAGACUGUGUAAACACAACCUUAGAGUUAGACCAACAGUUUAAAAGUAAUACGGAAAUUAUUGGUGUUUCAGUUGUGAUUUGGAUAUAUUGACCAAAUUAUCAGUAAUAUUUUGUAUUUUCUCUUCAAAAUUCACCAGGAACAACCAUUUCACAGCAAUGUCCCUGGACCCCCCUAGAAAGGUGUUGACCCCAGAACCCAUUAACCCUGACCACCAAAUAUGUAGCACAAAGUUACGCCCUUGCAGACAGGGAUGUGGAUACUGACAGACAGUCUAACUGGUCGCUGCUGAACUGGGGAGUGGGGGGAAUUUAGUGCUUUGAGCCUCCCAGCACACUCUCCUGUCUGUCAGGGUUGAACCACCCCCCAAACGUGUUGAUGGUGUCACCUAUCAUGGUGUCAUCAUGGAUUUGAGUGACAUUCCAGAUGCUAUGAUGUCAUUCUGACAUAAUUCUAACCAGACCUUUCUUAUUCAUUACAGUUACUUAUUUAAUCAAGGGCAUCAUUUCAGCUGAACCUUGGGUAUGGCAAAGUGACGGGGGGAUUUCUUUAAAAAGUGAAGCUCAUGUACUGCAUAUCUACAAAAUGUACAAACUCUAAAAUGCAAUUUGGAGAACAGCAAAAACAAGCAAAAUUUACUCCAACCAUGAUCACCUUGUUGCUGUUGGUUCAUUCACCUGUCAAUAGGGGAUUUAACAUUCCACACACUAGCUCAGCACCGGGAUUAAAACUCUAGUUUAGUUUCAUGCUAAGUCAAACAGCAGUUACCUAACCAAAGCCAUCUUUACCUCUGCAAUGUGUUGAGAAAAAGUCCAGCUGUUCCCUGCAGCUGCGUCGAUGCGCUCUCCACAGAGAGGAAGAAGCGAAACAAGAGGUUUCACUCUCGACAAAAUCUGUCCAAAAUAAACCAAAUCUGUCUCUAUGGGCUUAUUUUGACCUAAGCUUGUCGCCUGCCUUCUCGCCUUUGGGACAAUGAUCUCCCAUUGUUAGGGCGGAGACAUGAGCAUCUCGUCAUUAAUUAUAGAUCUCUGCUCUCCAUAAAGCCAGACAGCCAUACAAACAAAUACCACUAAACUGCAUUUGCAUUUUAAUCGGGAUUGGAAUGAUUUUAGUAGCCUAUUUUAAAUUAUUGGUGUUGAGCUAUGGUAUGGCGACUGCCAUAUCCAAUUGACACCCCUGUAUUUAAUCCUCUGUUCUCUCUUACUCUCUCUCCCCCUCCUCCCCCUCCUCCCAUCCCUUCCCCUGUCUCCCAGAGCUGCAGAGAGGAGAGAGUGUGGUAGAGAAGCAGGUGAAAGAGGCUCGUACUAAAUGUCGUUCCAUCGCGUCCCUGCUCACCGACGCUCCGAACUCCAACUCUAAAGGAAUUCUCAUGUUCAAGAAGAGACGCCAGCGUGCCAAGAAGUACACCCUCACCUGUUUCGGCCGCGUGGAGGGGGAGAUGGGUCCUGAGACUGGGGGAGAGACAGAGGGAGAGGAGGAGGGGAAUUCCUUCCUCUCGGGUUCAGAGGUGGAUGAAGAGGGCUUCGCUGGAACCUUUGACCCCACCUGGGACAGCGGAUACCUGGACCUGCUGGAUAGGAGGAGCUCCGCCUGCCCAUCCACCUAUAACUCAAGGCCCCAAACACCAACCAAUCAAAGCUCAGGGUUGGAUUCCUCAGUUUAUCAGAGCCCAGAGAUUAAUGUGUCAAUCAAUCAGGGCUCUGGGGUGAAUGCCCUGGCCUAUCAGAGCCCAGGGCUGGACUCCAUAGCCUAUCAGGGGAAAGAGACGGAGCAGUAUGAGCAGCAAAGGAAAAUGGCCACCCAUGUCGCCUAUAACCCUGCCGCUAACCCCUCUCCGGCCGCAGGUUUGUCCAACCGGGGUUCUGUAGGGGUGAGUCGGGCCAGUGUGGUUCUGACCCCUCACUCUCACACCCCUAUCCUCCAGCCUGACCUAAACCCUAACCCUAACCCGCCUGGAGGGAUCCAUAACCGCACGGCACGCCCCUUCACCUCAGGCCUUGCCCCAUCUCGCCCUCCAGCCACCCCUAUCACCUUCCGACCCGUCCAGCCCAUUCCUGCCGUGACAAUGGUUUCCAAACCCAUUGCUGCGGUAUCCAUGGUGACCAUUACCCCUCCUCGCCCUUCAGUGGGGCCGCAGGCAAGGAGAGCGGUCUCCAGUACCUCUCUCUACAUCCCCCCUAGACCUGCUGCAGCCAUCCUCUCUCCUCCUCCCUCUGUCCUCUCUCCUCCUCCUGUUCUACCUCCUCCCUCCUCUCUGGCCUCAGCUCCCUUCUCUCCUACCUGCACUCCCUCUCAACCUUUCACUCCUCCCUCUGUCCUCUCUCCUCCUCCUGUUUUAUCUCCUCCCUCCUCUCUGGCCUCAGCUCCCUUCUCUCAACCUUUCACUCCUCCCUCUGUCCUCUCUCCUCCUCCUGUUCUACCUCCUCCCUCCUCUCUGGCCUCAGCUCCCUUCUCUCCUACCUGCACUCCCUCUCAAUCUUUCACUCCUCCCUCUGUCCAUACUGCCUCCUCUCUCUCUUCUGCCCCCUAUUCUCUUCCUCAUCAUCCUCCUCAACCCACCCAACACUUCUGCUCCUUGACUGCUCCUCAACCUUUCUCCCCUCCUCCUCACUCCCCAGUAUAUCCAUCCUCUGCUGUGACUGCCCAGCCCUUCUCUGCUCCUCCUUCUCAUAAUCAACCCUUCUCUCCUUCUUAUGCCACACCUUACUCUCACCCACCCCCCCCUGCUCAGACUCAACCCCCUCCUCCCCUGACCUUCAACCCCUAUGUUGCUAUGACAACCCCUGCCAUAGCAACUCCCUCCACUGCCCAGCCCCCAUCUUCUGAUUCGCUGUCCUCCCGUGAGCAGCGUAUUGCCGUCCCCGCCUCCAGAACAGGCAUCCUUGCGGAGGCGCGUCGUCGCAGCAACAAGAAGCCCAUGUUCCGUCCGUCCGUGGAGAACAAGGACGUGUCUCCCAACCCGGCCCUGCUCGAAUUGCUCCAAAACCCGGACGCACCAACCAGGAUGGGUCCAGGCCGCGGUCCCGGCCCCAGCCCCAUGGGGCCUAGUGGAGGAGUUGGAGGUGGGGAGACUGGAGGUGAGUCUGGCCCUGAAGAGGACUGGUUGAGGCUGGGGGCCGAGGCCUGUAACUUCAUGCAGGCCCAGAGAGGCCCCAAACCCCCUCCUGUGGCCCCUAAAACGCAGGGCCCUCCACAGAUACCCCAGCUAGCGGGGAAGGGGGGUCAGCUGUUCGCCCGUAGGCAGAGCAGGAUGGAUCGCUAUGUGGUGGAGAGCACCCCCUCCUCACCCCAACCCUCUCCCGGCCAACCCCGCCAGCCCUCUCCCACCCCCUCCCUCCCCUCUCAAUUCAAAUACUCUUCCAGCUGCAGAGCCCCCCCCCCCAUCAGCUACAACCCCCUCCUUUCCCCCUCCUGCCCCUUGCAGGCCCAGCGUCAGAGGGCACGGGUAGCAGGGCAGGGUGGGGGACCAGCGGGUCAUAAAGCCGCCCCUGGGGGUCAGAAGGCUCUAGGUAUCAAGGCUCUGGACUUCAUGAGUCGCCAGCCCUACCAGUUAAACUCCUCCCUCUUCAGUUACGGGGGCGGGACUCCCCAGCAAGCACAGGCCUAUCAGCAGCAGCCGCGCAUGAUGGGCGGCUCCCGCGGUCCAAUCAAGACGCCACGUGUGUAUGAGGUCAAGCGCUUCUCCACACCACCUCCCAUAGGCCCCUCCCCUACGAUCAUCGUCCCACGGUCAGCGACCACGCUGGGAGAACCGCUGUGGAGGUCUGAUGUCAUUUCCCCUCUGCCAACAGCCAAUUCCUGCUACCAAUCCCCCUCUAACCCCCCCUACCAGCCUCAGCCCCAGUGGGGCUCUCCUCCUCCAGCCCCCACCGCCCCCCUCCCUCAGCUCCCUAGCUUCUCCUCUGCCCAUGUCCCUAACCCUCACCCCUACCCCUCCCAGCCCCACGCCCUCCAACAGGGUAACAGGCAGUUUAAGAGUGCCCCUGAUCUCAGCCCUCUUGCCCACACCCCACCUCGCCCUGCCUCCACCCAGCCCUCCAGAGUGCCUCGCCCGAGAUUCAGCACCUCUAACCUGGGUCUGCAACCCAGUGUCUGGCGCCCCGGAUCCACCAUGCACUGA